UUUUCUGUUUUUGGGUAUUGCAUAUUUAGGUGGAUUUGUUCAGUUGAUGCUGUUUCUUGUUUGUUUUGUUUUGUUUUGAUGCUAUGUUAUUUUGUGAAAGUGAUUGUUUUGGGGGUGGGACCGUUGUUUGGCAUUCAUUGUUUGUUCUCUAAACUCAGAUUCUUUAAUAAAGCUGAAAAUCUUGAAAGUUUUACAUGUAUUUCAGUUGCCCAUUUGUGAUCUUGAUUUAUCUGUUGCUGCAAAGUUGGGGAAUAUAUGAACUUGUGUAGAGAUUUGUACUGAAUUUGAGCUUUGAGGAAAAAUAUGGGAGGACACAUGAGCAAAAAGCCUGGUGAAACUUCAGCUGCAAUCGACAAUCUGCAGUAUAAAAUUGAGCUGAAUUCAUAUGAAGCUGCGUGCAGGAUUGACACAGACUUACAAUCCUUUGAUACAAAUCUACAAGCUCGAACCAGUCAUGUUAUCAAUACCCUUGCUGAUGGGGUUGAAGUUAGAGCACUUUCGUUUGAUUCCUUGAGGGAAGUAACUGGAUGCCUUUUGGAAAUGAAUCAGGAAGUUGUGAAGGUGAUAUUGGAUUGCAAGAAAGACAUAUGGAAGAAUCAAGAAUUGUUUGAGCUAGUUGAGGAAUAUUUUGACAAUAGCCUCAAAACUCUGGAUUUCCUUGCUGCUUUAGAGAAAUGUCUAAAACGUGCUCGGGAUAGCCAGUUGCUGAUUCUUGUAGCACUUCAACAAUUUGAAGAGGAAAGUGGGGUUGAAGGGAAUAGAUAUACCAAGACUUUAGAGGAACUGAAGAAUUUCAGAGCUGCAGGAGAUCCUUUCACAGAGGAUUUUUUCCAAAUAUUCCAGUCUGUUUAUACACAGCAAAUGCUGAUGCUUGAAAAGCUGCAGCUGAAAAAGAACAAGCUUGAUAAGAGGCUUAAGUACAUCCAUGCUUGGAGGAAGGUGUCAAACAUUAUAUUUGUGGCUACAUUUGCAGCUGUUUUGAUUUGCUCAGUAGUGGCUGCUGCUAUAGCUGCACCUCCGGUCGCAUCUGCUCUGGCUGCUGCAGCAUCGAUUCCAUUGGGCUCAAUGGGCAAAUGGAUAGAUUCCCUUCUCAAGAACUAUGAAGAUGCUGUCAAAGGGCAGAAAGAAUUGGUCAAUACAAUGCAUGUAGGUACUUUUAUCACAAUUAAGGAUUUGGACAGUAUCAGGGUGCUUAUAGAUCGAUUGGAAAUCGAGAUUGAAUCACUCUUGAAGAAAGUUGAGUUUGCUAUUGAUGAAGAUGCUGUUAAGGUUGCUAUAGAAGAGAUCAGGAAAAAGCUUGAUGUCUUUAUGAAGAAUGUUGAAGAUCUUGGAAUGCAAGCUGAUGUGUGUAGCAGGGAUAUUCGUCGAGCCAGGACUGUUAUCUUACAAAGAAUCAUCAAACCCCCAAACCAUUGAAGAAGAUGCAGAAGGUUACAGCAUGCUGAAAUUCGCCUAAGCACUUUUAACAUUUAUCUGAUUUUCAUAGCUUGUGAUGUUAAAUAUGUGAAAACUUAAUCUGAAACAUAUAUAUCAUGGUUAGAGGACUCCUUAACCUUUAUGCCAUGAAUAAUAAGUUUUUUAUUGGAUUCUUUUAUAAAGUAUAUCAAUAGUACUUCUUUUAUGUGUUGU